UCCACAGUCCUCUUUCCUCUGUCUCACUUAUAUAGAAAGAACUCAAAGAAAAAAAAAAAAUAUAGAGAGAAAUUAAUUAAGUGUAUCGAUCUUCAAUUCAUGUCCAUGAGUCUUAUGCGUUGAUUAAAAUUGAGAGAGCGAGAGAGUAUAGUGAAAUAUGGGGAGGGGAAAAGUGCAGUUGAAGAGGAUCGAGAACAAGAUCAACAGACAGGUGACGUUCUCCAAGAGAAGGUCUGGUUUGCUCAAGAAAGCUCACGAGAUCUCUGUGCUUUGCGAUUCUGAAGUGGCUCUCAUAGUCUUCUCCUCCAAAGGCAAGCUUUUCGAGUUCUCCAGCGACCCUUGUAUGGAAAGAAUUCUUGAACGUUACGAGAGAUAUUCGUAUACGGAGAGGCAGCUCGUUACAAAUGAUCAGGCACCAAAUGAAAACUGGGUUCUAGAACAGGCAAAGCUCAAGGCUAGGGUGGAAGUCCUAGAGAGAAAUCAAAGGAAUUUUCAGGGAGAAGAUCUGGAUAGCUUAAGUCUCAAAGAGCUUCAGAAAUUGGAACAACAACUUGGUUCCGCUCUCAAACAAAUUAGAUCACGAAAGAACCAACUCAUGUACGAAACUAUUGCAGAGCUUCGGAAAAAGGAUAAGGCACUCCAGGAACAUAACAACUUGCUCGCCAAGAAGAAUGUCACACGGGUCACAAAAUUUGCCAAAUUGCUACACCUCCAAACUCUCUAUAGUUGUUAGCGAGUUUGGUCAUGCCACGUGACACGUCGCUUGAGGCCACCAAACUCGCUGUUAGUGGCUGUGAGUAUAGAUUGUUAUAUGGCAAAACAAGUCAACUUAAUUUUAGAAAGUCAUAAAUUCUAGCUCGGUUGUUUAAAUCGAGUUAUUUUGUUUUUAAUUUCACGUAACUUUUUUCUAUUUACGCACUGGGAGGAUUGUUUUUAUUGUUCAAAAGUAAAAAUUAGAAUAGAAAUUAAAUAACGUCAUUCACUGAGACAAAAUAUACCAAACGAGACACAAGAAAACAAUUUUCGAGAAAUGUUUUUGAUCAAAUCCCUUCGAAUAGAUCUCAAAAAGUUGCGUGAAAUAAAAAAAAAUCAUCUCAUUCAGAUAUCCAAGCCAAAAGUUGUAGUCUUUCAAAAUUUUAAAAUAAAUUUUUUAAAAUUUUAUACCACGUGUCAUGAAAUCUUAGACUACAAAAGUAGUUGUCAGUGGUGGCCUGUUUAAUCUAAACAUGCUCCCACUUACAGCAACUUUUGUAACUUAUAAUUUCAUAACACGCGAUAUACUUGCGUAGAAAAAAGGCUAUGCACAAAAAGACUCACUGUUUUGACCAUUAUACUCGCUAUAAGUAUAACUGACAAAGAAUUUGGUGGCCUCAGAAAAUAUGCCACUUGCCAUAACCCAACUCGCUGACAGUUCUAAUGAGUUUGAAGGCAUGAUUUGCAUGACAUUUAUGCACAUUUUUUUAAAAAAAAAAAGUGGCAACUUAAUUGAUGUCCCUCAAAU